AUGAGUGAGGUAACUGAAGAACGUAAUCGAUAUGAGGAUGAGAAUGACGAAGGAGAGGGUGAUGAUCUUAGAGAGCCAGUGACUGAUUCAUCGGAAGAAGAAGAUGACGAUGAUGAUGAAGAGGAGAUUCAAAAAGUUCGUGAAGGGUUUAUUGUUGAUGACGAUGAAGAUGAAGUGCAAACGAAAAAGAGAAAGUCCCACAAGAAGAGAAGGAGAGAGAAGGAGAGAACACACCAUGAUGAUGCGUUGGAUGAGGAUGAUUUAGAAUUGUUGUUGGAAAAUAGUGGUCUCAAACGUCCUAGUCUGGCAGGCAAGUUCAAGCGAUUAAAGAGAAAGCAGGUUGAGGAUGAUGAGGAUGAGAACGAGAGUCAAGACCACCCACGGGGUGAGCAGCAAUUGAGAGAUAUAUUUUCAGACGAUGAAGAGGUUGAAGAGGAAGCUGCUCCUCGCGAUAGACAUAUAAUUGAUGAGUUUGAUGGGUUUAUUGAGGAAGAUGACUUUUCCGAUGAGGAUGAGCAAACCCGUCUUGAAAGACGGGAGCAGAGAAAAAAAUUGAAGAGUCAAGGUCCACGAAUUGAUACGUCCAAGUUGUCGAAUGUUGAUCGACAAAGUUUGCUGGAGUUGUUUGAAGUUUUUGGUGAUGGCAACGAAUAUGACUGGGCAUUGGAAGCACAGGAGUUGGAGGAUGCUGGUGCUCUUGACAAGGAAGAGCCAGCGUCGUUGGAUGAAGUGUUUGAACAUUCAGAGUUGAAGGAACGUAUGUUGACUGAAGAAGAUAAUCUUAUCCGUAUAAUUGAUGUACCAGAACGGUACCAGAUGUACCGUAGUGCCUUGACGUACAUUGAUUUGGAUAAUGAAGAGUUGGAGAUGGAAAAGAUGUGGGUGGCCAAUACUUUGCUCAAAGAGAAGAAGGCGUUUUUAAGAGAAGACUGGGUGGAGCCAUUUAAGGAAUGCGUGGGACAGGUUGUCCAGUUUGUGUCGAAAGAGAAUCUUGAAGUUCCGUUUAUUUGGAACCAUCGUCGUGAUUAUUUGGAGUAUGUUGAGCCUGUUGAUCCGGCGGUGGCGGUUCCUGGGAGUGUUAGAGAGUUGAUGCUUUCUGAGGACGAUUUGUGGAGAAUAGUUACGUUGGACAUUGAGUAUCACUCGCUUUAUGAGAAGAGGUUGAAUACAGAAAAGAUAGUUGAGUCUUUGGAAAUUGAUGAUGAUUUGGUUAAGGAUAUUAAGACUUUGGAUUCGAUGGUGGCAGUUCAAGAUAUGCAUGAUUAUAUUCAGUUUACCUAUUCCAAGGAGAUUAGACAGCGUGGGAAUGAACAGGAAGACGGCCAGAGCCUGAACAGAAAGCAUUCCAAGUUUGCUCUUUUUGAGAGGAUUAGGGAGAAUGUUUUGUAUGAUGCAGUCAAAGCAUAUGGGAUCAGUGCCAAGGAGUUUGGUGAGAAUGUGCAAGACCAAAGUUCGAAAGGGUUUGAGGUUCCGUAUAGGAUCCAUGCUACAGAUGACGCGUGGGAGUCGCCUGACGAUAUGAUUGAACGGUUGAUCCAGGAUGAUGAGGUUAUUUUCAGAGACGAAAAGACGGCACGAGAUGCUGUGAGAAGGACGUUUGCUGAUGAGAUUUUCCACAACCCAAAGAUUAGACACGAGGUGAGAUCUACAUACAAGUCGUAUGCGUCGAUCAGUGUUGCUGUUACUGAAAAGGGGCGUGCUACUAUUGACACGCACAGUCCGUUUGCUGAUAUAAAGUAUGCCAUUAAUAGAUCGCCUGGAGAUUUGAUAGCCAAGCCAGAUGUGUUGCUUAGAAUGUUAGAAGCUGAAAGGUUGGGGCUUGCUGUGAUCAAGGUUGAGACGAAAGAUUUUAGUAGUUGGUUUCAAUGUAUUUUCAACUGUUUAAAGUCUGAUGGGUUUUCAGAGAUUUCGGAAAAGUGGAACAAAGAAAGAGAAAUUGUUUUGAACUUGGCAUUUAAAAGGUUGUGCUCGAUGGUGGCAUUAAACACCAAGGAAGAUCUUCGUCGUGAGUGUGAGAGGUUGAUUGCUAAUAAGGUUAGACGAGGACUUUUGGCAAAGAUAGAACAGGCGCCAUAUACGCCAUAUGGGUUUGAUAUUGGGUCCAAGUCUAAUGUUUUGGCAUUGACGUUUGGCAAAGGUGAUUAUGAUAGUGCCGUUGUUGGGGUGUAUAUCAAGCAUGAUGGGAAGGUGUCUCGAUUUUUCAAGUCUGAUGACAAUCCGUCGAGGAAUAGGGAAACUGAAGAUGCGUUCAAGGGACAGCUUAAACAGUUUUUUGAUGAAGAUCUUCGUGAUGAGACGCCGGAUGUGAUUGUUGUUUCUGGGUACAAUGCCAACACCAAGAGGCUCUAUGAUGUGGUGUACAGUUUUGUUAGUGAGUUUGGGAUUUCUGUGAAGAGUGAUUUCGAAGAUGGGACUAGUCAGUUGAUUAAAGUUGUUUGGGGUCAAGACGAAACUGCCAGAUUGUACCAAAAUUCUGACCGUGCUAAAAAAGAGUUUCCUGAUAAGCCGACGUUGGUCAAGUAUGCGGUAUCAUUGGGUCGGUAUUUGCAGAACCCGUUAUUGGAGUAUAUUGCGUUGGGCGACGAUAUUUUGAGUUUGACAUUCCAUGAACACCAGAAAUUGAUAUCUAAUGACUUGGUAAAAGAGGUUGUUGAGAGUGCGUUUGUUGAUAUUGUUAAUGCAGUUGGUGUUGAUAUAAAUGAGGCGGUACGUGAUUUGCGGUUGGCGCAGACCUUGCAGUAUGUGGGUGGGCUUGGUCCACGUAAGGCUUCGGGGUUGUUACGAAAUAUUGGUCUGAAUUUGGGGUCAGUUUUGGUGAAUCGUAGUGCGUUGGUUGAAGAGGAGUUGACUACGGCUAAUAUAUUUAUCAACUGUGCGUCGGCAUUGAAUGUUGUUGUUGGCAAGUCGGUCAAUUCUAAGGAUUUUGAAGUUGAGAUAUUGGACUCGACGAGAAUCCACCCUGAGGAUUAUGAGUUGGCGCGGAAGAUGGCUGCUGAUGCGCUUGAAGUGGAUGAAGAGGAUAUGGAGCAUUUGGGGAGGGGUGGAGUGAUCAACCAGUUGAUGAAAGACGAUCCGCGUAAGCUUAAUGCGUUGAAUUUACUUGCGUUUGCCAAGGAGUUGGAGGAGAGGAUUGGUAAGAAGAAGUUUCGUACAUUGCAGGCCAUUAAGGAAGAGUUGAUUAACAAUUAUGAAGAAGUUAGAGCUCCAUUCAGGAUUUUAAACAACGAGGAUGCGUUUUUUAUAUUGACGGGUGAACGGCCACAGCAGUUGAAGAACACCAUAAUCCCUGUUACCAUUACUAAGGUCAACAAGAACUUUAAUGAUCCGUAUGCUAAGAUUAGAGGGCUUAAGGUGGUUACCCCGUCAUUGAUUCAAGGUACGAUUGAUGAGAAUGUUAUUCCUCGAGAUGCAGAGUACGUGCAAGGCCAGGUGGUGCAAGCAGUAGUGCUUGAGUUGUACACUGACAACUUCACUGCAGUGUUGAGUUUGCGAAAGGAAGAUAUUGCGCGUGCCAUGAAAGGAGUCGUUGUACGUGAGUAUGGGAAAUGGGACCAUAAAGCAGAAGAUGCGGACAUUAAGAGAGAAAAGGCCAAGGAGAAUGCCAAACUUGCCAAAACAAGAAAUAUCCAGCACCCGUUCUACCGUAAUUUCAACUACAAACAGGCUGAAGAGUACUUGGCGCCACAGAAUGUGGGAGACUAUGUUAUUCGUCCGUCGUCGAAAGGACCUUCGUAUUUGACAAUCACAUGGAAAGUAGGCAACAAUUUGUUCCAGCACUUGCUUGUUGAGGAGAGGAUACGUGGGAGGUUUAAAGAGUAUAUUGUUGAUGGCAAGACGUAUGAGGAUUUAGACCAGUUGGCAUUCCAACACAUCCAGGUUAUUGCCAAGAAUGUUACAGAUAUGGUUCGUCAUCCUAAGUUUAGAGAAGGGACGUUGAGUGUUGUUCAUGAAUGGUUAGAGUCGUAUACGCGGGCCAACCCCAAGAGCUCGGCGUAUGUAUUUUGUUAUGACCAUAAGCUGCCCGGUAACUUUUUGUUAUUGUUCAAGGUGAAUGUAAAUGCCAAGGUAGUUACGUGGCAUGUCAAGACGGAUGUGGGAGGGUACAUGCUAAGGUCGAGCAUAUACCCCAACAUGUUGAGUUUGUGCAAUGGGUUUAAACAGGCGGUCAAGACGCAGCUGCAGCCAAAAACAUAUAACACGGGGUAUUAUUAA